AACCAGUUUGUUAUUGACACUAAAUCAAUACCAACACUUCUAGUUAACGCACACACAUACAUACCUACCUACCUACACACACACACACAUGCAUACAUACACACACAGAAACUAAACGCAACUUGAAAAUUGGAUCUCUAAUUUAAUAAUCGCAAUUAAAGGAAGAGGACGAUAAGGAGGAUUUGGCACACAAUAGUAAUAAUGGUGACAUUGUUUCGUUGAAAUAAAUUCUAUUGAAUAUUGAAGAGAAGAAUGUCAGAAUGUAUGCACUCCAUGGUCUGAUGGAUUUAUCGCCAUUUUUUCGUAUGAUCAUUAUAUAUCUCAUUGGAAUGUUUGGUGGUGGACUAGUUGUCCACCUUUAUCACUUACAACGUGAGGAUAAUUUAUAUACAUCAGUUAUCAGUGCUGCUAAAUCACCACAAUUGUUGACUAAUGAUGACGCGUAUAAACAGUUGAUUCACUCCAAUGAUUCAAUUCAUGAACAUGCUUUACAACAUUUGGCUGAAGCAACAUUGGCCAACGCAUUGGCUGAACAAGUACGUGUAUUCUGUUGGAUAGUUACAAUGCCAAAAAAUCAUCAGUCAAAAGCUGUUCACGUUAAAGCAACAUGGGCUGGUCGAUGCAAUAAAUAUUUAUUUAUUAGUAGUGAAAAGGAUGAAAAACUUCCAUCAAUAGCUGCAGUUAACAAAGAAGGCCGUGAUAUGCUAUGGAAUAAAACAGCUGAAGCGAUCAAAUAUAUUGCAAAGCAUUAUAUUAAUGAUUACGAUUACUUUUUGAAAGCAGAUGAUGACUCUUAUGUUAUUGUCGAAAAUCUACGUAAAAUUCUAUACAAACACAAUCCUGAUGAACCCUUCAUUAUGGGUAGACGAUUUAAGCCAUAUGUUAAACAAGGUUAUAUGUCUGGUGGCGGGGGUUAUGUCCUGUCACGUGCUGGUGUUAUCAAUAUAGCCAAUGGUUUACAGAAUACCACAAAUUGUAUAAAUAAUAAAUAUACAUUUGCUGAAGAUGUCAAACUUGGUCUUUGCGCUGAAGCUACACACGUCAGCGUAGUUGACAGUUUAGAUGCAGAAGGCCGUGAAUGUUUCCAUCCUUUCUCUCCCUCCAGUAUGCUUACAAAAGAUCCCAAAGGUUAUCCUGACUGGUUUUUAAAGUAUAAUUACCAUAGAAUAGAUACAGGUUUCGACUGCUGCAGUGAUUAUGCGGUGUCUUUUCAUUACAUAACACCAGAAGAAAUGUAUCUCUUUGAAUAUAUGCUCUACCAUUUACAUCCAUAUGGUAUACAUCGAGAUUUUAUGGAUUUAAUGAACUAUUUACAGAAGAAAAGUAUUUCUUAGCGUAUAUACAUUCAAUGUAUAAAUAGACAACUAGCCUUCUUCUUUACCUUAGCUACACUUGUGUUAUUUUACUGUUUAAUAUAUUUCAAUUUUAUCACAGUACAUAUCAUUAAAUGAAUUUAAGUCACAUUCAUGAUCAGGGAAUUUCUAAGCUGAUCAAGGCCAUGACAGGGCAUGUUAAGUAGAUUUCGGCCUAAUAUUUAUUUGCUUUAUUUUUCAAAUUGUAACAAACUAUUUAUGUACUGCCUUCUAUUUUCUUUAUCUAUUUUUUUCUUACUGGUUCCUUUUAUAAUAUUGAGAAGUAUUGUGUACAGACUACUGUGUGCCUGUGUACGUGUGAGUUUUAUGCGAGGUGAUUAGGGCUUAAUUUCUAUAAGGCAUUAAUGUAAUGAUGUCUCAGUAAUGUGUAUUGGUCAACUUGGCUUGUUUCUACAUGUUUUAAUAGUAUUUGUAUUUGUACACACUGAAUAAAUUUACUGCCCUUUCCUAUCUGUUGUACAAAAGAAAACACAUGUAUCUGCGUGGAUGUACAUAAUGUAGAUAAUGGAUAAAUAAAG